AAUGAACAGCUGGGGAAAGCCAACACGUGUUAGCAAUGGAGAAAAAUAUUCACGGGAACAAUCUGGUAAAGAUAUAUCAAAAGGAACACUUGCGCAACGUGCCCGACGAGAACGAGAACGAAUUUUUAAACAAACCACUGAAAGGCGAUCGGAACAACACUCGCCGAUAAAUACAAGUAUUCAACCUCUCCGAGAUGGGCAUAUUAGAGCCGAUGGGCGAGACCACCAUGCUAUCCUUGUUCACGAGGAUAUACAAAAACUAGGGGCAAUGGCUAAGAAAAGGAAGGCAACGUAUGUAGGGAGUGGAAAGGAAAACUCUGAGCCACAGGUUGGUAAAGAUAUAUCAAAAUUGGCAUCGGCACAACGUGCGCGACGGGAACGAGAACGAAACCUAAAGCAAAGCACUGCUCAGCGAUCAGAACAACAUGAAUGUUAUUGA